AGCCAGUUGUCCAUGAGAAACCGGUUUGCACGGAGGAUCGGUUCAUUAAUCGUUCGCCGAGAAGAAGGUAACAACAGUACCGAUUUGAGCGUAGCAGAGCAGACAUGGACAAAUUGUUCCUCGUCGUCGUGCUCGUCGUGGGUGUGGCCCAAGUUCACGGGCAGGGGAUCCUUUUUCCGAGAGACUCGGAAUCAAGGGAGUCCAAAAGUUUGGAUGGGAUUUGGAAUUUCCGACAAGAGCCAAAGGGAGCGGUCGACCUGGGAUUGACGGAGGGAUGGUUCAACGCUCCACUGGAACAGAGCGGAGAAGUGGAGAACAUGCCGGUGCCGUCUUCGUACCAAGAUCUUUCGAACGAUCGGGAGAGGCGUGACUAUUUCGGAUGGGUUUGGUACGACCGAGAGUUUUGGGUCAGUCCCCAGUGGACUUUGGCCGACAAAAGGGUUUUCCUCCGAUUUGGGAGUGUCAACUAUUAUGCUAUUGUGUGGGUGAAUGGGGUUCGGGUGACGGAACAUCAAGGUGGUCACCUGCCCUUCCAAGCCGAGCUGUCUCUGAUUCUCAACAGCAACACGGCCAACAGGAUAACCGUCGCGGUGAACAAUACACUCACCUCCUCCACCGUGCCGCAAGGCUUCGUCCGGGUCAAGGAAGGCGAACAAUACCCCGCAAACCACACCAUCAUGUCGGAUAAUUUCGAUUUCUUCAAAUACGCCGGAAUCCACCGAUCCGUCCUCUUGUACACCACACCACGAAGCUACAUCGAUGACAUCACGGCCACCCCAAGCGUCACAGGGACAACAGGCACGUUGACGUACAAUAUCGCCACAAUCGUUGAAGGGGCUGGAGCAGAGACGAUAAACGUGGACCUCUUGGACAAGGAGGGAACCUUGGUCUCUUCCGCCCUCACCGCAAUCGGGACACUGGUCGUUCCUAACGCAAAACUUUGGUGGCCUUACACAAUGGUCAGGGAACAGAAUGAGGCCGGAUAUUUGUACACUUUAAGGGUGACCUUCACGAAAGGGGGGCUCCGAGAUGUGUAUCGAAUCAAGGUGGGCAUCCGCUCGGUCAAAUGGUCCACAACUUCUUUCCUGAUUAACGACGUUCCCUUCUACUUCACGGGGUUUGGGAGACACGAGGAUUUUUUCCUUCACGGUCGAGGCUUCGAUCCCGUCUUGUUAAUCAAGGACCACAAUCUUAUCAAAUGGACGGGAGCCAACUCUUACCGGACGACGCACUACCCGUACUCCGAAGAGUUGAUGGACCUCGUUGACCAAUUGGGCAUUGUCAUCAUUGACGAGUGUUCCGCCGUUUCGCUCACUGAAUUCGGACCACUUUUGCUGGAAACGCAUAAGAGAGAAAUGUCCCAAUUGAUGCAGAGGGACAAAAACCACCCCAGCGUGGUCAUGUGGUCAGUAGCUAACGAGCCACGGUCAGAGGAUCCCAAUGCUGAAAACUAUUUCCAAGAAAUGUACACUCACACCAAAGCCCUCGAUGCUUCUCGACCCGUGAGCAUCGUCCUCUUUACAAAUUACGCGAAUGACAAGGCUGCCCAAUUUUACGAUAUUUUGGGUCUAAAUCGCUACCACGCGUGGUACUCGGACGUUGGUGAGAUGGAAAUUGUGCGAAUUGCUGCCAAAGCUGAAGCCACCAACUGGAUGACGAGGUACAACAAGCCGUUGAUCUAUACAGAAUAUGGGGCCGACACGGUUACAGGACUCCACAUGAGCCCAAGUUGGCUGUUUACCGAGGAGUGGCAAGAAGAAUAUAUGCGUGAGCAUUUCAAAGCCUUUGACGAAAUGAGGACAAACACGACGUAUACGUUCAUAGGAGAAAUGAUAUGGAAUUUUGCCGAUUUCAUGACGAAACAAGAAAUUACGCGAAUUGUGGGCAACCGAAAAGGAGUCUUCACCCGAGAUCGACAACCCAAAGCGUCCGCUCACCUGCUCCGGACACGUUAUCACUUCCUCGCCAACGAGUUCUUUGGGUAUCCCAUCCCCGACGAUUUGCACCAAUCCACACCCGUUUACAUCCCCCCAGCCAAACAGGAAUUGUAACCCAUAUUUAAUAAACUUUACCAAAUUUAUUACCAAUAAAUAUUUUAAAAGUA